AUGCCUCAUGUUCUCGAGUCACCUCAGCUUACUCUCAUUGGAGGCAUGGAGCAAAUAUCAGAUGCUCCUUUUCCUACAGCAUCAUAUUCGAGCACUUGGACGGAGUUGUCCUUUCCAACGACCUUCGCGUAUCUGGACAAUACGUACCUCCGCGGGAUCAGCGUUGACAAGCCGAUUGUUGGCGCUUCAGACUUUGCCCUGGUAGAUCCCACAUCAUUCAUCAUUUUAUCAAACACAUACUACGACACAAAUCGCAAGACAACCGAGACGGUCACCAGUAUCGAAAGAACAUGUGAUCUAUGUGCUGGACCUGUGUGGAUCAUUACAAGUCGCAACAAGUACCUGGACGAGGGUUAUAUGGUAGAGGGGGAUGCUUCUAUCAUUGUGAAAGGUAUUAUUCUGUCUACAAAGAUGAUACAAGUCACCACAACUCCAGAUCUUGGCUUAUCGGGCUCCUGGGUGGUCCGAGAAGGAAAACUCCUAGGCGUCAUAUACGCAGGCAAUGCCUCAAGCUCAUACCUCCACAUGCUUCCAGCUGAAGGAAUGUUGUACACCAUAACGCGGUUAGUUGGUGCGAAUGUAGCGAGAGUUGCAACUCCGCGAGAUAUAGUCAAUUACGAGGCUCGACGGACACUACGCGAGCGGAAAGAUGAAGACAUGACUACAACAGCCCCUCCAUUAGACAAUCCAUUACCUGAUACAUCACGAUUGAACGUCCCGAUAACGUCAGUCGGUCCAACAGACCCGUCCAGAUCAGUCAAGGAUGACAGCAACACCACAAAUCCUGUUCAAACUAUCAAGACGCAUAUGCCUCGUGUGACUUAUGCUGUUGUUAGAGCCGUAAUAAUCUACUGGGAGAACCCGGGUCUCUACGGCAACAGUUAUGCCAGAGAAGCCUCCGAACUUGGAAGCUUCUUUCAGGGCUUACUUUUCGAGACGGUGCUCUACACAAUACCUUCCCAGAACAGCGAGCUCGAACUCAAAGCCUUUAUUCUCGAACAGCAAUUGAAUCUCGCACGGCGGAUGCGUCUUCUCGACGCCCCGUGCCUAUUGAUCAUGCAUUACGGUGGCGACUCAGGCAUGGAUGACUUUCGUGACAACACCGGACCUAAAGGACUCCAGAGACGUCAAUUUGUGUGGCGGAGCGAACGUAGAGAUGGGCUUUACGUUCGAUGGUACGAGAUACAAAAGCUUUUCCGCGAUAUCACCUUUGAUGUUCUUCUUCUGCUUGACUGCUGUCAUGUCGCGCAAGACGGCGAAUUUGCAGGAGAGGGAUCAUCCGAUGAGCCCCCUGAUCGUGUGGAACUACUUGCGGCUGCGGGUGAUAGAUCCGAAAAACCCCAGCCGGGAGAUGGCUCUUUCACGACAAUCAUGAUCAAGAUCAUGGCAAAGCUCAUUGAAGAAGAUCAUCGUUUCGACAUAACUGAGCUUUAUACCAAACUUGUCCACCGGGAUGCGAGGUUGCACACUACUCCCUUCUAUGUGCCUAUCCGCGAAGGUCCCGCAAAGCGUAGUGUCGUACUGGAGAGACUCAAAGCACCAGGAGAGUACGAAGAUAGUGCGCUCGCUUGGAAAGUAGCUGUAGGUACUACUAUUGGUUCGCGAGAACCGUUGAACUCAGCUAUGCUCAAUGAGAUGGAGAGGUGGCUACACGCAGAGGCACCACACCCAUUUUUCACCGGGCUCAAAGUGGAAAGAGUGAUAAGACAGACUGCCAGCAUCAACAAAUUCGUUAAGUUUUCGCUCCCGGAAAGAUCUGGGGUUGUCGCCCAAUCGCUAGAUGUCUCCGUAUUGGCUCAGAUGGAAGAGGCUUGGGGAGAGCUCCACCACCUUGUAUCCCGCUACAAGUCACAAUUUAGUCUACUAGACAUCAAAGAGCAGGAAAAACGCAUGGUACAGUUCGGCAAAUUUGUUGAGAGAUUGAAUGCUGGCAAUGCCGAGGUUAUUGAACUCGUAGAGAAGGCAGUCAUGAUGUCUGCUUCAUCUUCGACUCCCGCCUUGAUUGACAAAGUACUCGAAGACCCAGUAUGCGAGUCACUUGGAAUGACAAGACAGCUGGUUCUCCGUCGAAUUAUUUGUUGUCAACAAAGCCACAAGCUCGAAGGGAAGGUGACGAAAACUACACCCGCCACAUACGUAGUCUCGGAUCGACUAAUGGAAGAGUACAAAGUCUACGAUGAACACCAAAGUCCGGAAGAGAUCGCAGAUAUGAAGGCACGUGUAGGCCUUCUCGCAACCGUCUUGGAAGCCGAGAAGCCGGACUCGUUUCGUUGUCUCCAACUCUAUGGAUGGGAGCACGAAGAACGUCAUCGUCGGUUCGUGUAUCAUUUCCUCAUUCCAGAUGAGUACAAGAAAGGGCCAAUAACACUGCAUGAAGCGAUCAAAACUCUCAUCGGCGAAUCGCGACCCACACUCGAGGAACGGCUGACGAUGGCCUACAAUAUUGCGAAAGCGGUCACGCAAUGGCACCGAGUUGACUGGGUGCAUCAGUCCAUGUCGUCUCACAACAUCAUCUUUUUGAAGUCUAUCUCUGGCAGAAUAAGCGAUAGGUGGAACUUCGAAGCCCCUUUGCUGCAUGGUUUUGACUUUGCGCGGCCAAAUGCGAAGCCCUCGAUCGGUCCCUAUAUGGAAAACAUCGAGCUUGACAUUUAUCGACAUCCAGAUCUUCAAGGAGGAACGCGAGAUGGUCACAAGAAGGAACACGAUCUGUACUCUCUGGGAGUUGUGCUGCUGGAAAUUGGGCUCUGGAGGUCCUCUCGUGAUUUGGUUGAGCACAACGUAAGAAUACGACAAAAGACGCCCUCAAAGAAAGACGAAGACAUCAAGGUGACAAAGGAAGAUGUACAGAUCUGGAUGACAGACGUCAUGAAAAAUAGUCUGGCCACUCAUGUCGGGUCAGACUACCGACAUGCAGUACGGACUUGUCUCAGACCGGAAUUUGGGAUAACAAAAGACGACGAGAGGGAAAGCAAACUUCUUGAUGCUAUGGACAAGCUGGUAUUGCAGAAACUGAAACGGGCACCGAACAUGUAA